CCCCCCCCCCCCCCCCUCCGAACACGCCGUCGUCGAGUCCGGGAGCAACAGUAACACGGGAUGCAGGGCGAAUAUCCGCAAUCCACGCAGUGUGUGGCGAGAGGCUGAUAAGCAUCACAAGGAGCCACUGAGCCGCAGCACUCAUCGAAGGAAGAAGUUGGUGUGGACCAGUGACACAGAGAAGCGUGGAAGUUGUGUUUUCGGUGCCACUUUUGGUCGCUGGCUGCCACCUGCCCGCUUGAAAGUUAUGCGUUGGAGUCGUGCUGUGCUGCCCGGCACACACCGCUCGGUGAAUGGACACGAGUGUGCGCGAUAAUGAGCGGCGAUAUUUCCACGAUGACGAGGAGAUGUCUUCUCACUUACAAACCAUUCAGGAUUUUCGUGCUAGGGAUUGGCUUCUUCAGUUUGUGCUUUCUAAUGACCUCUCUCGGGGGCCAGUUCUCAACCAAGCGACCCUCAGAUUCUCCAUUCACCACGCGGGCAGAAGUAUUUGGUGGUCAAGAAUCUCGCGGUGUGCUCAGGAAAAUCAGCGACAUGCUGGAAGUCAUUAUGAAGCGGAUGGACACUCUGUCUCGACUGGGUAACACCACUGAAAGCCACAAGCUGGAUGAGCUCGCCUCCGUCCUCGACAGAAUUCAGCCCAUAGGUCUGGUGGAGCGGAUCCAGGCCAUCGCCCAGAACAUGUCGGACAUGGCAGGGAGGGUCGAGCAGAUUCUGCAGCGCAGCAUCGCGAGCAAAAAAGUUAGGGAAGGAACAUUGGGACAGUGUGACAUUCCAAAAGACCCUCAUUAUCCUGACUGCCCCGGCAAAAUGGAUUGGAUGCGCGCCCGUUGGACCUCUGACCCGUGCUAUGCAUUUUAUGGAGUCGACGGCUCGGACUGCUCCUUUCUCAUCUACCUGAGUGAGGUGGAGUGGUUCUGCCCCCCGCUGGCCUGGAGGAACCAGACUGCUACGCCCACUUUGAAGCCCCCACCCAAAAAACAAGCUGUUUUCCGGUUCGACACGGGCGCUCUGCUGGAGCAGGUGGGCACCGGGAAGGAGUCUCUGAACUUCAUGAAGAGACGCAUACAAAGGCUGGCAGCGCAAUGGGCCUCUGCGGCUCGGCGGCUGGAUGACAAGCUGCGCAGCCACCGCAGGGACGAGAAGCGGAUUCUUGUCCACGUGGGAUUUCUGACAGAGGAGUCCGGCGAUGUGUUCAGCCCGAAGGUGCUGAAAGGGGGUCCGCUGGGUGAGAUGGUGCAGUGGGCCGACAUCCUCACGGCUCUCCACGUGCUCGGACAUGACCUCAAGAUCUCUGUUUCUGUCAAGGAGCUCCACGGGUUUUUGGGGGUCCCCCCAGGGAGAGGAAGCUGCCCUCUGACUGGCGCUCUGCCCUUUGACCUCAUCUACACAGACUACCACGGCCUGCAGCAGAUGAAGCAGCAUAUGGGGCUGUCACUCAAGAAGCACAAGUGCCACAUCCGUGUGAUUGACACUUUUGGCACAGAGCCGGCAUACAACCACGAAGAAUACGCCACUCUGCAUGGCUACAGAACCAACUGGGGCUACUGGAACCUUAACAGCCAACAGUACAUGACCAUGUUCCCUCACACGCCAGACAACUCUUUUAUGGGGUUUGUGGCGGAGGAGCUGAAUGAGACGGCGAGACUGAACAUCCAAAAAAGCAAAGUGAACAACAUGGCUGUCGUCUACGGCAAAGAGGUCAGCAUGUGGAAGGUGCACCAAGGUAAAGAGACAUUCUUGUCCAUCCUGCAUCGCCACAUGGAGAUCCACGGGACGGUGUACUACGAAACGCAGCGUCCCCCGGAGGUGCCUGCCUUUGUGAAGAACCACGGCCUUCUCCCUCAGCAGGAACUCCAGCAGCUCCUUCGGAAGGCUAAGCUGUUCAUUGGAUUUGGCUUCCCGUAUGAGGGGCCGGCUCCUUUGGAAGCCAUCGCCAAUGGCUGCAUCUUUCUGCAGCCCAGGUUUAGCCCUCCUCACAGUUCUCUCAAUCAUGAGUUCUUCAGAGGGAAACCCACCUCCAGGGAGGUGUCCUCUCAGCAUCCCUAUGCGGAGCAGUACAUCGGCAGGCCACACGUCAUUACCGUCGACUUCAAUAACUCUGAAGAGUUUGAUGCAGCCAUCCGUGACAUCAUGAAGAUCAACGUGGAGCCUUUUUUGCCAUACGAGUACACCUGUGAGGGAAUGCUGGAAAGAGUUCAUGCCUACAUUCAGAACCAGGAUUUUUGUUCUCCCGAGGCUCGCUUUCCUCCGGUAAACGCUUCGAGAACAUGGCAGGGCAGCCCACUCGCUCCUUUCAUGCUCCUGCCCAACUCGAGUGUCCUAACUUGGGCCUCCAACAUCACCUCCCACGCAUCCUGGCCCCCGCUCGGGUCCCUGCAGCUCUUGGCUUCGCUGCAGGGCGAGUCAUGUGUGAAAGCCUGCCAGGAUGCCGGCUUAAUCUGCGAACCUGCAUUGUAUCGUUUCAUCAACAUCAAGGAGGCCUUUAAUGCGCUGGACUUCCAAUGUGCGGGACUGGAGUCGGAGAUGAAUCACCUCUUUCCCGCCUUCUCAGCAGAACAUGCAGAAUGUGGCCUGCAGCAGGACCCGCUGCUGUUCAGCUGCGCGGGAGCCAGCAUCAAAUACCAGCGCCUUUGUCCCUGUAGAGACUAUCGAGACGGCCAGGUGGCCCUCUGCAGGGACUGCUUGGGACCGGAGUCGCUCGCUCCCGUUAGACCGGGAGAUCCUCUCUGACUUGGUAGCUUGUGGUCAAAUGUUUUGACAGGUGCCAUUUGGCUGUCCGAGUUGGUUUAAAAAAAAAAAAAAAAACUCAGGGACUUGCAUGAUUGUACAAGUACUUUAUAUCUGGUGGGCUUUGAGUCUAAAGUUUUACGUGUGUGCUUUGGGACCAUAUGAAAGGAAUUGAUCAUUGAAGACGCCUCAUACUGGCUGUGUAAGCUUAAAAACGAAUUCCCGUGCAAUGGAAGAGGGACGUCAAUCUGUGCGUCUUGAUAUUGUCAGAAUCCUUUCAGUGUUCGUGUAUAUUUGUAUCAGAUGGACUGACUCAAAGCCAUUCACACCAUGUCAAGAUGUCCUAUUUUCCAUGUCUGGUAUUUGUACAUAAUUGUUUAAUAAAUACGGAAAACAAGGCUAA